AGCAGAUAAACAUCAAAUUUUCAUUUUUGGAUGAACUAUCCCUUUAAGUGCCUUUAAUACUUGUAUAUUUCUAUAUUUUUGCACAAUUGUUAGUUAUUGUAUGUAUUCGGUGUCACAUUUGCAAUGCAUUUCGUAAGUUGCUAUUAUUCACACUCAUAUAUCGCACACAGAAGCUUAAGUGAUGAUCGUAAAAACUGUAUAAUAUGUUCAAAUGGAAUCGCUUAAGCUGAAGGGAAAAUGAAGUAUUAUGUGUAUGUAUUGAAACAGUGAUUAAAAUCGAAGGGAAAUAUGACAUUGCGAUUCGACAGGAGGACCUACAAGGAGGUACUUUCAGAUUUCACUGAGCCAUUAAUAUCAUAUCUCUCCAUCCUUUCAAUCAACUGCAUGCUAUAUUUGUCAAAAUAUCUUACAACUUAACAAUUAACAAUCCAUUUUUUCAUUCAUUCAUACCAUAUAGUAAUUUUUGAAACAUAAAGGGGUAAACAUGAACCUUUAAUCUCAUUUUUUAAGAUAGACCAUUCUUUUAUUAAAACAUAUGCAUGAAUGUGAUGUCAACAUGACAUUGUCAUAUCCAAGGUAUGACAUAUCCAUGGACCCUUUUCAUCAAAAUCAAGAUUUAAGGCUAACAUUUAUAUGGAUGGAUACGAGAAAGUGUCCUGUAUCUGGUCACCAUUUCUUUGAAUUUUUUCCAUCAUUUUAAUCACCUCUUUGGCUUCAUUAAUUCAUUUUAAAUAGUCCUAGUUACACAUUAUUUUUUUAAAUAAAGAUAUUACAUGUAAUCUCUCAAUCAAUAUGAGGUUAUAUAAACUGCAUAUAUAAUAAAAUAUAUAAUUAGAAAAUAAAUAGCAAAAUGCUGUUUUUCAGAUUAAGUACAACAUGUCUUCCUAAAAGUAUUUCAUGCCAAAAGGAAAUUGAAUAAAUAGUGGCAAAAAUAAUAAUUUAGUUUAGAUAAUGUUACAUAUUAAGUGUGAACUUGCUAACCAGCUAACCAGUAAUCUUCCAAUGCCGAUUUACCAUAAUCGCCGCAUUUAACCCGAAACGUGUUCCUCAGAUUGAAUUUAACCACCAAAUAAAUGAGUGAAAUAAUCUGUAAAAUUAAUUUCAUCCAUCUAAAUUAAAUUAAUCCAAUUAAAUAAAGUUCAUCGUAUUAAGAUGUUUGUUUUUUCUGCAGUGUUGUCAAUUAAAAAUUUAAAUUAAAUUUACUGGGAUGUGACACACUGAAUUUUUGGCUAAAAUUUAUUUUCUUUCCCUUAAAAUACUCAAAUAUUCACAGAAUAUAUUUACAGAAUAUUCAGAGGAAAGUUCAAGUAAUCAAUGUAAUAUACCAUAUGCCUUUCAGUUCUUUCUCUACAGUAGCUUUGUUUGUCAGCAAACAAGUACUAUUUAUUUAUUUAUUUAGCCAAAAAUUCAUGUUGUCUGUUCAACAGUUAGCACUAAGUUCAGUGGUGGGGAAAGUUACUUAAAGUAAUGUGUUGUAAUAUUUUGUUACUCCCUAAAAAAAAAAAAAAAAAAACUAAUUGCGUUAGUUACUUUUUUGGGCAAAGUAAUGCAUUGGAUUACUUUUGCCUUACUUUUCUAUUAGUUCUAUUUUUGACAAAUGUAAAGGCCCUUUCACACCAAAAGUGAAAUUUAUAAGACUCUUGUACAGUAGAGGUCAAUAAAUGGGAAAACAAAGUAACUUGCGUUACUUAUUUGAAAAAGUAACUUAUUUUGUUGAAAAAAGUAAUCUGUUUGCAUAACUCAAGUUACUUGUAAUGCUCUACCCCCAACACUGGUUACUAACACACUGCAAAUAAGAGUGCAUAUGUAAAGUUGAUGAGGUUAAAAGCAUUUUGUAUAAAUAAAUAUCUGAUUUAUUCCUGUUUAGUGUAUGUUACAAUACCAGGUCCACCAAGCAAUGUGCAUGCUACAGAAAUAAACAAAACAUACAUUGUUCUGAGCUGGACACCACCUAGCCCUCGCGGACGGGCACCUGUGUGGUACCUCAUCGAGAAGUGUGUAGGUGACAGUCACAUCUGGCAGAGAGUCAACACUGCGGUCCAGCUACGAUCCCCCCGUUACCCUGUUUUCGAUAUGGAGGACAAGAAAUCUUACCGUUUCCGCAUAAUCACUGUCAACAAGUAUGGCUCAAGUGAGCCAUCAGAGCCCACAGCACCCAUCGAAAAGGUGGACCCUUAUGGUAUUGUUCCGAACAUUGGUAUGUAUGUUUAUGCUACCACAGCCUUCUGCUUUGCGAAAAGGAGAUCACUUCUCACUGAAAGUCUCCACAUUUUUGUUGUUUGGCUCACAUUUGCUGGGUGUUUUAGUUCCACCUUCACAUCCAUCCACCAUAUUAUGUUCACUUUCAGCACGGCAGACUUCCACUCCCAAUUAAAUCUGUAGGAAAAAUCUAAUGAUGUUUUCUUUUUUUUAAUUGUGUGUUUGGUUUGUGCAGGUGUCCCAUCUGCCCCGGGACAGGUGAUUGCUUCCAGAAACACCAAAACUUCUGCUUUUGUGCAGUGGGAGGCCC